AUGCCGCGCUUCAACCGUUCAUAUAGGGGCUUAUUCGCCAACCGCAUGAUACAGUUUGGGAAUAAGAUCUCGUUUGCCGAAAACAAGACGAGACGAACAUGGAAGCCCAACGUGCAGGUCAAGUCGAUGUUUAGCGAGACGCUCGGAAGGAUGCUCAAGUUCCGCAUGACGACGCGUGCAAUGCGAAACAUUCGCAAGGCUGGCGGGAUCGAGGAAUACUUGCUGAAGACAAAGGAAAGCGAGAUCAAGUACCCACGAGCAUUGAAGAUUAAGCAGGAGAUAAUUGAAGCGCGAGCAGCUGCAGCGGCUGGCGGGACCGCGGCUCAGAGUGAAAAAGCAGCUGCAAGUGCCAGUAGAAUGCGAAGUGGCCAGCAGAAUGCUGCUUCUUCAUCACAAACUAGAGUUGUUCCGUCCCCAUUUGGUGGAUCUGUGCCAGCCAAAGCAGGAUAUGUUGGGUUGCAGGAAGCUCUCUGGCUUUAGGAUGCACGCGGCUCAGCAUAGUCAAUACUUCACAGUUCAUAUCUAACAUCAAUAAACUGUAGUGUACACUAU